AUGUCUCAGGACUCUGAAAUCCAAUACUACCACCACGGGCGCUUCCGUGUUGCAGGCGGUGUGCUGCCUGAUGCCAUUACUGCAUACCAGACAUUUGGGGACCCAAAGAACCCGGUUAUUGUAUUUCCUACAUGUUAUGGAGGGAAACUUGACAGUGAGUCACCCAAAUCACUUCUCAUGGCGCUCCGUUUGAUAACUGAAUCAGACAAUGGAUUAUUAGGUCAAAGCUAUAUGGUAGGGGAAGACAAGGCUUUGGAUCCGCGUAAAUACUAUGUGGUGACCUUCGCCUUAUUUUCCAAUGGAGAGUCUUCUUCACCUUCCAACACACCUACACCAUACAACGGCCCCUACUUCCCUGCCGUCUCCUACGAGGACAACAUCCGGGCACAACACGCCGUGCUUACCCAGAAGCUUGGCGUCAAGAAGGUUUUCUGCGUGAUUGGAUUUUCAAUGGGCGCGCAGCAGGUAAGCGUGUUCGUGGAGAAAAACGAUGGUUUUGCUGAGGCCUUAUAUAUCCCCAUCUGUGGAUCUGCUCGCACUAGCCCUCACAACCAAUGCUUCUUAGAAGGCCCUAAAGCUGCUCUUUCAGCUUCAAAGGAUUUCCAAGACGGUCACUACAAGAGUACUCCUCAACAUGGUAUCCGGGCAUUUGGCCGUGCAUACAGUUCAUGGGCAUAUAGCCAGGCGUGGUAUGCUAAGAAAGGUUAUCUCUUCGACGGAAAAUACACAAGCCUCAACGACUUCCUAAGAGAGGAUUGGGAAGCUGGCUUUUUGGAAGGGUGGGAUGCCAAUGAUUUAUUGGUGCUCUUGAGGACAUGGCAAACGGGGGAUGUUUCUCUCAUCCGUGACGGAGGUUACUUUGCGAACUGCCUAGGAGCGAUCAAGGCCAGAGGUCUGAUCAUGCCUUGCAAGAAAGACCUGUACUUCACGCCGGAGGACAGCGAGAAUGAGAUGAAAUACUUGAAUAAUGCAAAGCUCAUUAUCAUCGAUUCUGAGUGGGGCCAUAUGGCUGGUGGGGGAUCGAACGCAGAGGAUGUCGAGUUCGUGAAAGCAGAGUAUUACCAUCACGGUCGCUUCAAAGUAGCAGGGGGAGUACUCCCUGAUGCCGUAACCGCAUACCGGACAUACGGAGAUCCGAGCAAUGAGAAAGUGAUCGUUUUCCCGACGUGUUAUGGGGCAAAACUGGCUCUUGGAAGUCAAGACUACCUCGUUGGGGAAGGCAAGGUCCUUGACCCAAAUAAGUACUUCGUGGUGACAUUCGCGCUUUUCUGUAACGGAGAGCCUGCACCUUAUGGUGGCGCGUACUUCCCGUUCGUUUCCUACGAAGAUAACAUUCGCGCUCAGCACGCAGUAUUGACGAAGCACCUUGGAGUGCGCAAGGUGUUCUGCGUGGUUGGAUUUUCUAUGGGUGGUCAACAGUCAUACCACUGGCCAGUCGUCUUCCCUGACUUCGUAGAGCGGUUCGUUGCUAUAUGCACGUCUGCUCGUACAAGUCCCCAUAACCAAUGCUUCCUGGAAGGACCAAAGGCAGCGAUGUUUGCAAGCAAAGAUUUUGCCGAUGGCCAUUAUCAGAGUACUCCUCAGCAUGGAAUUCGAGCGUUCGGUCGAGUCUACUGUGCAUGGGCCUAUGGGCAAAGUUGGUUCCGGGAGUACAAGCACCUUAUGGACGGAGAAUACCCGGACUUGAACUCUUUCAUUCGGGAGCGGUGGGAAGGAAGAUAUAUCGAAUACUGGGAUGCAAACGACAUGAUCGCACUUUUGAACACGUGGCAGAAAGGAGAUAUAUCGAUCGUUCGUGAUGGCGGAGACUAUGAAAAAGCGCUGAAGAACAUCAAAGCAAAGGGACUUAUCAUGCCUUCGAAGACGGAUCUUUACUUUCCGCCGGAGGACAGCGAGAUCGAAGUAUCUCACCUUAAAGAUGCUAAAUUGCAUGUGAUCCCAUCGAUCUGGGGUCAUGUUGCAGGGGGUGGCGGUAACCCGGCAGAUGUCGUUUUCAUAUCAGAGAAGAUCAAAGAGUUUUUGCAAGCACCUUGA